ACCUGGAGCACUGCUGGAGGGAGACCGGCCGGCAUUUGCUGCAUCACCUGAUACAUUUCUCCAUCACCAAUGGGAUUUUAUCUGUUCAGAUCAUGCCCGGAGCAGCGAGUCUCCUCUUAUUGUUGUCGUGUUGUCAGGUGUUUGCGUACGAUGUGAUUGAACCACCACAGGAGGUGAACAUUGCUGUGCCCAUCCUGGGGUCCAUAACCUUGACCUGGAAACACAGCGUCGCCCCCCAGAACAAAAAAGUAAAAUACGUGGUGAAGGUCAUCACCCCAGAGAAGACAGAAGAAAUCAAGACGUCUAAGAAUUACUCCACCCGCUAUAUGUUGGCGCUGCACGGAGGUCUCACCGCUCAGGUUGCUGCACUGACAUUUGACUCCCAAGACUAUACUUUGCCAAAUAUGAAUGAGAUCAUGAAGAAGACGUCUGUGGUUCUCCCUCCGUAUCCGGGAGCUGAAGGAACAUCGGCCACUGAUUUAUCCUGUCAGAUUCUUAUAGACUCAUCAGGAAAAUGUCCCCUCAGCUGUAAAUGGGCCCCUGGGGCCAAGGCUCCAGCGGAUACAGAGUAUAACCUUUACUACAGGUGUGAUACAGAGAUUGAGAGGUGCCUGGACUACACGACAGAACCCGGGGGCCAAAGACGGGUCGGGUGUUGGACUCUCUCCAAAUACAUCUCCACCAGCAGCGACAAACCAUUCCUGGUUCUCAUCAAUGGGACAAGCAAGAGCCUAAAGAUCAGAGCAAUGGAGAAGAUAUUCACAUCAGGUGAAAUAGAGACCAUCCCACCCGUCCAGAAACUGACACUGAAUAAGACGGGAUUACACUGGAAGAACCCUGUCCCCUCCUUACCAGAAACAUGCUUCCAAUAUGAAGUCAACAUCGGGUCAAAGGGCAGAAAUGAAACGUUUACAGUAGCAGAUUCCAGCUACUCAAUUGACUUCCUGCAAAAACCCUCUACUAGGCAUGUCAUCCGUGUGAGAGCAGUUGGAAAGGAGCCAUGUUGGUUUCGUAACAAUGUGCACAGCCCUUGGACGGACCUUUUAGACUCUAGGGAAGAUGUUGACAGCAGUGACACCCUUGGGAUCAUUCUGUCUGUCUGCCUUGGUGUAUCGGUCAUCCUUACACUUCUUUUGUGCAUUAGGUUUUGGGGACGUUUAUUUCCACAGAUUCCAAAACCCAACAAUGACCUCAAGGACAUUUUCCAAAAUGUACAAAACCAGGCACUGAUGCGCUGCAACUCAUGGGACAACGAAGAAGUGAUCAGCUACAUUGAGGAGAUAGUAGAAUCAGACAAGUACAAGACGUCCUCAGAUUAUGGGCACAUUGGAGAUUAUUCCUCCAGUGGACUGUGUAAACCCUUAAAAUAAUAAGUUUUUUUUUAAUUUGGUGGUGGCACAUGGACGCGAGAACCUGGUGUAGAACUGGACUGUGCUUCAGCAGGGCCCCCAAGUGGUAAAAUUAUUGUGCCAGAAAGAUGCUUAUUCUAAAGGGAAGCUGUCACAUUGAACAUGGUGUCUGAGCUGAUGGCAGCAUGUUAUAAAGCAGGAGGAGCUGAGCAGAUUGAUAUAUAGUUUGUGGGAAAAGAUUCAGUAUAACUCAUAUUUCAUGUAUUUAAAUUCCUACUCAUUUUGGGCAUUGAAGGAGGAGGUCCUAUCAGUGACUGACAGCCUU